UUGGUCAAAGAGACAUGGACAUGGAGGAGAGGAACUGUUUGGCUGGGCAGUAUUUUGUGCAGAGGAAGGUUCUGGAUGAGUUAUGUCUUGAUGAAGUGGCACAAAAAGGAACGUGGUCCACUAAACCAACCCUGGGUGAACGGGUGAAAAAGUCCCUGAGGUGUUCGGUGCCCAGGCUGAAGCAGACAGUGCUGAGCUGGGUCCCUGUUUUUGGCUGGCUGCCUCACUACUCCUUCAGAGAAAAUACCAUAGGGGACCUGAUCUCUGGCUGCAGUGUGGGCAUCAUGCAUCUACCACAGGGCAUGGCAUAUGCUCUUUUGGCUUCCUUACGGCCAGUGUUUGGCCUUUACACUUCCCUCUACCCAGUGCUGGUGUACUUCAUCUUUGGCACUUCCAGACACAUCUCCAUAGGAACGUUUGCUGUGAUCAGCAUCAUGAUUGGGAGUGUGACGGAGAGGCUGGCACCAGACAGUAACUUUCUUGUAAAUGUCACUAAUGGAACAGGAAGUGUGAACAUUGAUGCUCAAGACGCAUACAGAGUACAGAUAGCAUGUUCCCUCACAGUCUUGGCAGGAAUCUUUCAGAUACUGUUGGGUGUGGUGAGGUUUGGUUUCGUGGUCACCUACUUGUCUGAGCCACUGGUUCGUGGCUACACCACAGGAUCAGCAUGUCAUGUAUGUGUCUCCCAGCUCAAGUACCUGUUUGGAGUCACGCCAGCUCGCUUCACUGGUCCUCUCUCCCUUAUUUAUACUCUGGUGGAUAUUUGCUGGCUACUGCCUGAGACUAAAGUGCCAGAGCUGGUGGUCAGCCUGGUGGCACUCUCUGUUCUCAUUGCGGUCAAAGAAAUCAAUGCCUGCUACAGGCAGAAGCUGCCUCUGCCCAUCCCGAUAGAACUCAUAGUGAUCAUAGCAGCAACAAUCAUCACCCACUUCUGCGGACUUAUGAGUAAAUACAGCAUUGAUGUGGUUGGAGAGAUUCCCAGCGGGCUCAAGGCCCCUUGUGCUCCAGAUGCCACAUUGUUCUCAAAGGUAAUAGGUGACGCUUUUGCAGUGGCCAUUGUGGGCUACGCCAUCAACAUUUCCCUGGGCAAAACAUUUGCCCUCAAACAUGGCUACAAGGUGGAUAGCAACCAGGAGCUGGUUGCUGUGGGUCUUAGUAACACUGUUGGCAGCUUUUUUCAGUGUUACGCUGUGACAUCCUCUUUGUCUCGCAGCCUCGUCCAGGAGAGCACAGGGGGCAAGACACAAGUUGCGGGAGUGAUUUCAUCCAUCAUUGUGCUGAUCACGAUUUUGAAAAUAGGUUCUCUCUUUGAAAAUCUUCCCAAGGCUGUCUUGUCCACAAUAGUGUUUGUGAAUUUGAAAGGAAUGUUCAAGCAGUUUAUGGACGUGCCUAAUCUGUGGAAGACCAACAAGGUUGAUUUGCUGGUGUGGCUGGUAACCUUCAUAAGCACCAUCCUGCUAAACCUGGACCUGGGUCUGGCUGUCUCCAUUGGAUUUUCCAUGCUCACUUUCAUCUUCAGAACACAACUACCCCGCUACUCUAUCUUGGGCCACGUGUCAGGCACUGACCUGUAUCUGGACACAGACACCUACAAGCAAGCUAAAGAGAUUCCGGGAAUUAAAAUCUUCCGUUCAUCCACAACUAUCUAUUACACAAAUGCUGAGAUGUACUCGGACGCCCUGCAAGAGAAGAGUGGAAUUGAAAUCGAAAAGCUGCUGACGGCAAAGAAGAAACAAGUCACAAAGCUGAAGCGUAAACAAGAGCAAGAGAAAAAGAAAGCUAAAAAGGAGGCAAAGAAACAAAAAAAAGCAGUCAACCACCUGUCCAAUGGCACAUACUCUUUGAAGGAGUCAGAGAUAAAUGAGGGGAACGUCUCUGCAGGACUGAAGGGACAGAGUCAGAGGAAUGGUGUAAGCCUGACAGAAACCUCUACAGGUAGUAAAGGUCAAGUAAACUGGGCUUACCAACAUGACACAACCAUGUUAGACUCAGACUCAGACACGGGUUGUCAUGGUGAUGACAGCAUCAGCCAGCUAUCGCACCACGGUGAUGAGGAAAAGGGAAGGGCCUGCGGAUCAGGCACUCACAGCAUCAUCUUGGACAUUUCGACAACUAGCUUUGUGGACACAGUCACUGUGAAGACCUUGAAAAAUAUAUUCAGGGACUUUGGAGAGAUUGAUUUGGACAUCUAUCUCGCAGGCUGCCAAGCGUGUGUCGUGGAGCAGCUGGAAACUGCAGGUUUCUUCUCAGAGUCCAUCCCAAAGAGCAGGCUGUUUGUCACAGUUCACGAUGCAGUGCUUCACAUUCUCAAGAAACUGGGGCAGACAGACUUCGUAGCUGAUGUGACCUGCAACACUCAGAUGUAACCAGCAGGGGUCAGACUGUUCCAACUCUCGCCAUCUUCUUCCUCCUCCUCUUCUUAGACUGCUGGCUGUUCCAUUUCUCACCAUUGGUCUUCAUUGUCUCCUCCCCCUUCAGUAGGGAGAAUGCACCACCUUGACAUGGCGGCUGGUUGCCAUGGAAAUACAGGGAGCCGUUGCUGUGGCAACAGGCUUUUUAUGAUAUCGUCUAAUGAGAUAGCCAGCAAUACGUCAUUGCAGCUCUCUCGCUCUGUGGUGUGUGUGUGAGAGAAAGAGAAGGGCGGGGGUUGAGUGGGAGAAUGUAACACUGGACUAAUAGGAGUCUGUAUUUAUAGCCUGUGUGAGAGUAGAGAGUGAGUGAAAGGUUGACUGUAAGGGGAAACUGAACAGACGAGCCACAAUGUGCAUUCAUAUGUCUGUCUGUUAAUCUAUAUUCUUGAACCAAUGCAGUUGGCCCUCCAACUGCAUUGGUCCAAAUGUCUUCCACAAGAAUCAAUAAAAUGUAAAUUUGUCAUUGAUAUGGACAUUCCCUCUGGGGUGGGUUCUCAAUCCUUACAUUACCACUCCUUUGCUCCAAAAGCCUGCAAGAAUGAGCUGAACUCCAGAUAUGGUGUAAUAGGUGUUACGUUUAAAAAGAGCAGCAGCUUUUAAACACAAUGUGGGUGUAUUCAGUAUUAACAUGUCUGAUUCCUCUGACAUGUCGAGCUCCUUUCUGUUUUUGGGAUCCAGUGUCAUGUUAUCAUUUGCUAUCAUAACUAUCAAAAGCUAAAUACUGUACUGUAGUAUAUGCUAUAUGUUUCCCAUGUAUUGUAUUGAUUUGGAUAGCCCACCCAAAGAUAUUUGCUGCCAACCAUAAAAAUAAUAAUGUGUUUUUCAUUAUUUUUUACUUUUCAAAAACAUAUGUGGGAAGAUGUAGGAUGUUUAAAAGGUCUGCAAGAAAGGUCCAGAGUUCAUAUGUGCAAUUAUAUAAAUUGGAAAAUGGUUUUCCUAAUCAUAUUAUCUUUUGAGUGUUUCUCAGGCAACUCUUAGUGGGUUGUCAGGGCUUCCCACUUCACGGGCCAACCACCACAAAUAAAUAAUGAAACUGCAGAAAACACUGAUAUGUGUGUCAGGGAUCCUGAAAUUAUUGGUUUCUUAAAUUAACCACUCCACCGUAAACAAUGUCAAGUGUUGUAAAUUACAGAACACACAUAUUUCCUUGAGAAUGCUUAUCAGUCACCCUUGUUCGACCUGACUGCUUACACUUCCAGUUGUCUGUGAAAUGUUUGACUAUCUAAUUCGUUUAUUUUUAUACAGUAAAGCAUAAAGGUGUACCACAUUUAAUGUGGUAGAACCAGAAUACUUUUUGUACAUAUCUAUAUGUAGUAUGUUUUGAAGGAUGAAUUAGACCAUGUAAAUAAAGAGUCAUAAAAACACA